AUGGAAAAUUAUAAUCAAACAUCAACUGAUUUCCUCUUAUUGGGGUUGUUCCCCCCUUCAAGAACUGGCCUGUUUCUUUUUAUUCUCAUUGUUCUCAUUUUCCUAAUGGCUCUAUUUGGUAACCUCUCCAUGGUCCUUCUCAUCUUUCUGGACUCCCAUCUUCACAAACCCAUGUAUUUCCUACUUAGUCAACUCUCCCUCAUGGACCUGACCUACAUCUCCACCAUUGUGCCCAAAAUGAUCUUCAAUUUUCUAUUUGGAAACAAGUCUAUCUCCUUCAUUGGGUGUGGGAUUCAGAGCUUUUUCUUUUUGAUGUUAGCAGGUGCAGAAGGAUUGCUCUUGGCCUCUAUGGCUUAUGAUCGUUAUGUGGCCAUUUGCUUUCCUCUUCACUAUCCCACCAGAAUCAGCAGAAGAGUGUGUGUGUUUAUGACAAUAGGUUCUUGGCUCCUAGGCUCAGUCAAUUCCUGUGCUCACACCGUAUAUGCCCUCCAGAUCCCUUACUGCCAAUCCAGGGUCAUCAAUCAUUUCUUCUGUGAUGUUCCAGCCAUGUUGACUCUGGCCUGCAUGGACACCUGGGUUUAUGAGUACACAGUGUUUGUGAGCACCAUCCUCUUCCUUUUGUUGCCUUUCACCUGUAUUGCAUUUUCCUACGGUCGUGUUCUCCUUGCUGUCUAUCGCAUGCACUCAGCAGAAGGAAAGAAGAAGGCCUAUUCAACAUGCAGCACCCACCUCACUGUGGUAAUUUUCUACUCUGCACCAUUUGCUUACACUUAUCUACGUCCAAAAUUUCUCCAUGCUCCAAUAGAGGACAAAGUUCUUGCUGUUUUCUACACUAUCCUUACCCCAAUGCUCAAUCCUAUUAUCUAUAGCCUGAGAAACAGGGAGGUGAUGGGGGCCCUGAGAAGAGUAAUUCAGAGAAUCUGUUCUGUGAAAAUGUAA